UUACAAAACAAGUUGUUACGCCCAUUGGCUAGAAUUUUCCGUAGAAUUUGUUCAAUUUUUUCGCCAAAACACGCGUAAUUUUCACCAGUGAAAUUGUAGUGAAAUUAUUUGGAAGCCAAUUUGUGCCAGCAGCUGGUAACAGCUGUCGUGGCGUUCCAAAAUAUACGUGGGGGCGUGGCUGUCUGCUAUCAAAAUGCUGUCAGCAGUCGCUUUCCCGUACUGAGUUCAAAUACGGCGCUGAAGUCGUCGGAAGCGGACGCAUCAACUCCAGCAGCUGGACAAAUUGGCCGAAAAAUAAAUUCACCACAAUUCCUAAUAACUUCAAUAAAAUAACAGUGAAUUAUUGCAAAACAACAAAUUCGUAUUGUGUGCCAGCGGUUUUGGUUUUUGUGCUUGAUUCAGUGUUAUAAAAGAAUGCCAAUUGUAAUGGUUGAUAAGUGUAAAAAUCUAUAACAGUAUUACGUAAAGUACGUGUUACGUCUUCAUGCGGUGAAAAAAGGCGAAGAAAUUACGAAAAUUUGUUAUUGUUUUCAAUUGUUUAAGAGUUCAAAGUCACCGCAAAAACGAAAGGUUAUGCAUUAAAGAGCAAAACAACAACAGAAUAAAAAUAAAUUAAUAAAAUAAAAAUAACAAAAUAAGAAUUGUGCAAAAGAAACGCGAAAAUGCGAAAAUCUAUUACUUAGUGAAUGUGUAGCAACAAAGCAAGAGCAUAGUGUUUACACGAAGAAAAAGAAAAAGAAGCAAUUUUGCAGUGAAGAAGCAACAAAUAAUGUCAAAAAGUGCCACUGAGCAAUAUCAAAUCAAAAAGAAGCGAAAACACAACCAAAACAAAGCAAAGAACAGCCAACAAGUGAAGCAAACAAACCAAAUUUGCAAAAAUCAAAUUCGAUUUCAACAAAAUAAUAAUAAAUACAAAGUGUUUAAGAAAUAUACAACAACUACUGGCGACGCUCUAAUCAAACAAGUAACGCUCACUGAAUUCUGUCUGCAGCAGCAGCAGCAGCUACAACAGCAACAACAUUUGGAAUACUUAUUUAAUAACAACAACAGUAGCGUAAAUUUAGCGACGCCAACAAAAGUAAUUGUUAACGCCAAGAACGUCAAUAGCGACGUUGUUGCGACGCGUCAGUGUGCGCAGUGCAACAAACUUGAUAACGACACUGUAACGCAGCAUCCGUGUUGCUUACGUGACCACGCGCAGGUGCUGUUACAAAAGAGCAAACCACGCCUAAGUGAAUACAACAACAACUGCAUUAGUCGCAUUCUGAUUAGAAGCAAACGCAACGCCAAUAGCAACAUGCCACUCUCACAAGGCUUCUCCGCGAAAGUGUGCGCCGGCGGCGCAAUAAAGCGCACCGCGUCCAAGCCUGCGCUGCCGCGCCAAGUGGAGGCUGCGAAGCGCAGUAAAUCAACGGCGGCAGAGAAUUUUACGCGCCUCGCGCAGCAGCGGCAUCUACAUGCGCGCCACCACGCCAAUGGCGGCAGCAAUAACAAGUGUUUAAAGGGCGGCAGCGGUAGCAAAUUCGACAGCGCGUACAAGUCCACGACAACAGCGCUGGGCGCGACGUCACUACUGGUGGGCGCGGGUGCGCGCUAUGCAUCCAAUACGUCUACCGAUCUCACGCCUAGCAGCAAUUUGCAGUUCUACUAUUUGCUAGCCGAGUCGCUGACGCGCUACGGUAGCCUCUUGGAGGCAUUCGAUGUAUAUGCAUUUAUAGCCAGCGAACAGUUAGAUAGCUGCAUACCGCUGGACCGUCUCAAUACAUUCGCGAGCGCGCUGAUAACGUACGUGCGACAAAUAGGCGCGUCGGCCAACGACAGUAGUCAGGAAUUAUUCGCUACGUCCGUGGUGAGCACGAAUAAACUCUCCGAUAGCACUGCGCUCGAGUCCGCAUUGAAGGUGAAAUAUGAACGUAGCUCCGCCAACUGGAGCGCCGGCGCGUCCGGUGUGGUGCCAUGUGGCAUUACGGCCACUACACCCCCGGUGCCGGAUGCGGUCGUGGGCGCGGGUUUGACGGAUAUGCAUUCGCCUAUGCGAGAACUAUUACGUGUGCCAAGUCCGACGCAAAGCGAGGACUACGAUCCCUUGCUUUGCCCGCUUUGCAAUGACAUCUUACGCUGUCCGGUGACUACGAAUUGUGGACACACUUUUUGUCGACUGUGUUGUGAUACCAUAACGCAAUGCAACAUCUGUCAUGUGAAGUUUCCGCGCAGCAGUCACGAUGACUUUGUCUCGGAGGUAACGAGUGGCGCGCGCAGUUACGCGAACACGUCCAGCUCGAUGCUCACCACAUUAACAACUGCUACAACAUCAUCGGCGGCGGCUUUAUCAUCUGCAAGCGCCUACUUGAUGCCAGCGCCCGUCGCUGCGCCGCGUUUGCCAUCAUCACAACAAAAUGCAUCCACCUCUGCGUCGGUAUUAACAAACAUUUCCACUUAUGCGCCAACUGCUGUGAACAACACGACGUCACCAAGCAACGAUAAUUCCUUGCUUAGAAGACGCCUCCAAGCACGUACCUCACUUGGUGCUACCGGCAGUGGCAGUGAUGGAUUGGAAACAACUGUUGCACCCACACGCUUGCAGUUGCUGCCGACGCCGUCGCCGACGCCUACGCCGCCAACGACCGUGACGACGGCAACUGUUGCUUCAACGACGGCCACGGCCACCACAACAAUGGCCUCAUCGGCAUCGGGUGGCGGUGCUGGCGGCGCUGGCAUUGCGGCCUCACUAAGUGGCUCUGCGGCAAAUAUGAAAUUCAUGCCAGAUGUCUUAGUGCGGCGUCUGGUGGAGAAAUGGUGGGGCGCCGACUUGCAGGCGAAAAAGAACAACGAAACCGCCGCCAGCUAUAUGCAUAUGCAUCUGCUGGAUGAUGCGUUAAAAUUCUGCAACGCCAGCUUGGAGAAAUCGCCCUUCAAUUUCAAAAGCUUAUUACUACGCUGCGAAGUUCUGCGCAAGCUCAACCAUUUCCAAAGCUCUUUGGCCGAUGUUGAGAACGCAUUAAAGAUACGCCAUACUUCAGCGAAGGCUCAUUAUCUACGCGCUCUGGCUUUGUGUCAUCUAGGCCGCUGUGAUGAGGCGCUCUAUGACAAUUGUCUGGCCAUUAGUCUCGACAAGGACACAUUACUCACUAGUUCGGAACUAUUUCAACAUGAUCUCGCAAAGAAUUUGCAGAAACUUCUCGCCCAAACCCCGAAAAGCAAAUCGCUGCUACAGCGUACCUUCAACUCGGCCGCUGCUGUGGCCGCGGUUCCCUACAAACUACUCGCCGCGGAGCAACAACUGCGCCGGCGCAAACAAAUCGCUCUGCUGAGCAACGCCAAUGGCGAUCAUCUGAGCUCAUAUACGUACGACGAGGAGUUUAUACCGUAUGACAGUAGUAAAUGUGAUAUUGUCGCCGAUAGCGACUAUCUAACGCCAAUGGAUGGGACCAUCGGGGAUGUUGGUGAUGUCGGUGUUGGUGAUGAUGUGGGCGGCGGCAGCGCCAACAUUUCCGGCUAUAUCUCAGGUAUCGGCGACACGCUCAUGGAUAAGCGUUUCUCCAUCUAUGCCGGCAUGGAGAAGCACUUCGAUAUUGAGCUGCGACGACAGGCAUCGCGUAAACAUUUUCGUCGGAAAUGGACACCCAAAGAGACCGAGCUGGUGCCGACACUGAGUGCGUCUUUAGAAGAGGUGCACUACAGUGCACUGUUUCGCAACACUUUGGAGCGGGUGAAGCAAGAGCUGCAACGGCUGAAAAAAAUCGAUCUGGCUAACGGUGCGCCACCGAAGCAAAUGCUGCAAGUGCCGGCCGGCCUUGUCGAUGCCAGUGAUUUUGAUUGUGUGCUGUGUUGCCGCACCUUCUGGAAGCCGGUGGUGACGCCAUGCGGUCACACUUACUGCCGGGUAUGCUUGGAUCGUUGCAUGGAUUACACCUCUUCGUGUCCAUUGUGCAUGUCGCCACUUGUGGAACCAAAUGUCAAUACCAUAUAUCAGGGCUCAUCCUCGCCCGUUCCCUUCAUUGUGGCCAAGCGGCCUGUGACCAAAUUUCUUGAAGCCGCAAUGAAACGAUUCAUUCCAGACAGCUACGAGAAGCGUUUCCAACAAGAGAUCGAUCUGGAGCCAUCUGUGCCGGUCUUCAUCUGUACAACCGCCUUCCCGUACGUACCAUGUCCGCUAUUCGUGUAUGAGCCACGCUAUCGCCUAAUGGUUCGUCGCGCUGUCGAAUCUGGUGAGAAGCAAUUUGGCAUUGUACAGCCGAAUAGCGGUAAAUCACGUUACUUCGAUGUCGGCACCAUGUUGGAUAUACGCGACUGUGUGCUGCUCGGCGAUGGCUGCUCCAUACUCAGCACGGUAGGUUGCAAACGCUUCAAGAUACUAGCACGCAACGAGAAGGAUGGCUACGAGACCGCCAAAGUGGAGUAUAUUUACGAUGAAACCAUACCCGAUGAAAUGGUGAAAACGGUGAACAAUAUGCAUGCGAUUGUGUUGGCAAAAGCCAUCGACUGGUUCGAGAGCCUCAGCACCGAACUGAAACAAGAGAUAUUGCAAAGCCUUGGCGAGAUGCCAGCGGUGGAGGAGAACUGGGAGACCAUCGCCGAUGGUCCGGCGUGGGCGUGGUGGAUCAUCGCAUUGCUGCCGCUCAAUCAGCAAUUGAAGGUUGACAUUCUGGCCACAACAUCGCUGGAGAAGCGACUGCGCGCCAUCGAAAAGACGCUGGACUACAUGUCGGGCACUUUGCGACGCACGCAACAAAACGACUGCAGCGUUGUGGUGCCGCAGCAGCAGCAGCAGCAACAACAACAGCAGCAGCAGCAAUUACAACAAGAGCAGCAAGAAGAUUGCGAGCUGGAAUUGCCGCAAAGCGAUGAAUGCUGCCAGCGCUCAAACACCAACGCGCUGCGCAGCGUCAAUGGUGAGCCGCAUCAUCACCACCACCACCAUCACCAUCACCAUCACCACCACCACCACCAUCAUCAUCAUCAUCAUGCGAGCAGCAGUGAGCAACAACAAUUAUUGCUGUAGUGCUGCCCAGGAGAGAGAUACGAACGGCAUGCUAUUUGUGAGAGCAGAAAGUGAUUGCGUGCAGCUGACAAUGCAGCAACAAAUACCAAAAGCUUUAAAUAAAUCUGAAAAUGAAUCAACACACACACACACACUUGAAAAUUACAAAAAUAUAAGCAGCGCUUUGCGCAUGUGCAACCUCUGCACAUUAAGAAAACACAUAUUAAACACACACACACACAAACACAAACUGCAAUUCUGCGGUCUUCUAUGUAAAGUGGCGACACCUAAAGCUUAUGCCACACUAAGCUUAAGUUUUCCUAAUUUUUUUCUAAUAAUACUAUGUAUCUAUGUAUAAGUGCUGUAAUUACCAGAAAUUAAUCUGUAUAUGUAAGUGUAUGUGUAAGUUAGUGUAUUGUGAGUUAGUUGUCGUUUAAACAGUUUUAGCAUUGUAAUCUAAUUACUUGUCUUAUACAACUUCAAAUGAGGGAAUUUAUGAAAAAUCUUAAAAAAUAAACGAAAGUGCAGAAAAUUAAUCCAAUUAACAGUUGAGUGAAAAAAAUUGAUAUUGCAAAUAAUUUUUUGCAGUUUUUAAUUUUAGUAUGCGAAAAAUCUAUAAAAAAAUUAAUUGUUUAGCGGCCAAACACAGCAAAGUUAAUGCUGCUGUAAAUAAAGAAACUAAAAAAAUAUAUAUAUGUAUAUAGUAUAUAUAUGAUGAAAGUAGUGACUUGAUGUGUGAUUGUAUUAUAUACAGUAGCGAUUCUAUAUCGAGAAUUUCAAAUUAUAAUACUAUACCAUAUAUGUAUAAGUGUGUGUGUAUAGCGUAAGCCGUGUAUGUAGUUAUAAUGUAAAGCAACAUAAAUAAUUCAAAAUAAUAAUAAUAAUAACAAUAAUGUGACGAAACACGCGAAAUAUUGAGCAACAGUGCGUUCAAAAAGUAUGGAUACAAAAAUUGUGCGCUGAAUGCAAUUUUUUUAUUUUCCCUAAAGAGAGUACAAAUCAUUUUUGUGUGUGUAGAAUGUUUAUGCAUAAGUUAGUUGCUACUUCUUUAUUUGUAAAACUUUAUUUUUCACUUUUAUAUGCAAAUAUACGAAAUUUUCAAAUUAA